CUAGUACGCAGUUGAAUAUCAUUUUAUUAUUCAAAACGGCCGUAACAGGACGAAAAUAGACGAAACACGCAAAAACAUGUUGGAGGUCAAAUGCUAUACCGCUGCAGGUGAAAUCUAUCUUAUUAUGUCCCGUUAUUGUGCCCAAACUUUUGAAAAAGAAAACCGAGAACAACACUUGUAGAACGAAAGGAGAACUGUAAAGACGCACAUCAUUUUCAUUCGUGUCUUGCUUAAUUAUUUACGGGAAAUCCGUUCGGCUGGAAAAUCUGUUUUGAAAUAUUUUUUUGCAGUUGAUUAGAGCCUGAAUUAUAUUAUAACGUGAGAUAUAAUUCAAGUGAAAGUCAACAGGUGUAGUCAGUAUGACAACGGUGAAAAUGUCUUCGAUGAACAAUUGGCUUGGAAUCCUUUUGUUAUCAAUGUUACAUCUCGUGGACGCCGAGAAUUUGACGGAUUGGAACACUGGCGACGGCGGAUUCAAGUGGCGGGCCAACUGUGAUUUUCCCGGCGACGAUAUAGGUCAAGUUCUCUUAACAACUGCAACCCGAGAAGAGUGUGGCCGACUUUGUAUUGCCAACCCGCAAUGCAGCCACUUUGUGUUUUGUUAUCUGGAAAAGUGUGACAUGAAGAAUACGCCAUCAACGACACACCGUCAAGACAUCGAUUAUGAAAGCACGGCCAUUUGCGGUUUCAUUCCCUGGAGAUUUGAAUCUCAAAUUGGAAGGGACGACUGGAAAUCUACAAGCGAAAGUGGUGCUCAUAGCUGCAGUUUUUAUGGCAACGACAGUUUGAUUUUGACGACAGAUUGCCGACAGGCCGAAGAUUGCUCCCUAUGGUACGACCAGGUUCUUCCCACUAAUGGUUCAACAGCCUGUAAAUUAUUAGACGGAAAUUCAGGAUCGUGUUGCCCGGUGCUCCCUAAAAUCACUAUAAAGUUCCAUGAAGAAACGCAAUACAUUAAAAUGAUCCCCGAUGAGAGGGAGCGAAUAAUCGACGCGGGAACAAAUCUCACUCUGACGUGUGUCUACGCCUUUGAAGACGAAUAUCAAAAGAAAAAUUAUAAUUUUUCGUGGGAAAUUCCAGAUUACUUAAUAAAAAACACUGAAUUAAGCGACUUGGACAGUCGCCUUCGCAAAACGUUUGGGAGGAACGAGACUCACAUGACAUCGACGUUGUCCCUGGUGAAUGCAAGAGCCAGAGACACUGGAAACUUCGGUUGCAAGGGCAUCCCGUACGGAAUUGCAAACACGUUUAACCAUUUGAUAAAUCAUUAACAAACAAAUCCUUUUUUGAUAAAUCAUUAACAAAUGAUAAAUCCGCUGAAAUAGCAAAGUCGUGCAGGGUUGCCUAAAUAGUCUUAAAAAGUCCCGAAAAUUCGUUUUUUUUUGAAAAAUCCUGCACUUUAUCUCGCACGAUUUUCUCCAAAAUUCCGCAAAAUCUUGCAAAAAAAAAACUGCAGAAAUCUGACACGAUCAGACAUAAUUUCCUAGUUAUCCUAGUAUAUUUGAAGUCUUUUCUUGACAGACAGAUGACAGUAAAACAUUAUUUUGAUACUGUUGACCGACAGUUAAAAAACAUUUAAAUAUAUUAUAGAGUGUUGACUGUGAAUUCUUGGAUAAUUGACUGUGAAUUCUCCAAAACUUUGUGUUCACAGUCAAUUAUCCAAGACUUUUCUGUAUACAAUUCAGAUUUUUCUCCAGAGAAAAGUAAUCUGUCGGCCUUUUAGGGAUGGAAUGGCUCAAUUUCUUCUGAUGAGGGGAAUGUCGCGUUCACUAUUAACUUGAUAGUACUUGAUAGUAGGCUACUCG